ACUUUGUUUACGUCCCGUUGGUUAGCUGACAGCUGCUGUAACGCUUUCCUAAUACGAAUAGCCGUGUCUGCAUGUCUCUGGUGGUUAUCCGGCGCUUCGUAAACUUUACAACGAGUAUCCUAGAUGUCGAGGAUGGGAUGUUUUGUUGAAUGAGGGGGACCCGUUAAAUGCCGACAGGAGGAUGAACUCCAUCACCGGUCGGGUUCUCGCCAUCCCCGCCGCCUCUGUCACCAACUCUGGAGCUUCAUCCUCUCGAGCCUUACAUGUAGAGCUCACGUCCCAGCAGAGACGACUGCGUCAUCUUCGGAGCAUUGCAGCCAGAAACAUUGUCAACAAGAAUGGUUCCCCACUGCUGGACACAUACUUCACCCUCCACCUCUGUAUAGGAGACCGCAUAUCUCGAGGUUUUUACAAGAGUGAAGUCAUACGAGACUCACUGAAUCCAACUUGGCGGAGCCUGGACUUUGGCAUGCUGCCAGACCUUCUGGAUACCUCAGUGUCUUGCUUCGUGGUUCGGAUCUGGGGAGGACAAGAGGAACAGUAUCAGCUCCUCAUAGAAUGGAAGGUCAAUCUGGAUGGCCUCAGAUACACAGGACAGCAGAUUCGAUCCAGGAAUCCCAAUGAGAUCAUAUUUGGAUUGAACGAUGGCUACUAUGCAGCUGACUUUGAUCAUAAGGAUCAGUCAGAGCGGAAGAAAAACAGCCUGCUUCAGGUCGACCAGAGUUCAGUCAGGAACUCCUACAGUGUUUUCUCUUUGCUCAGGCUCCACACAGCCCAGAGAGCAAUCAAACAGACCCAAGUGACAGUGCAGAAGAUUGGGAAGGAGAUCGAGGAGAAGCUGAGGACAACAGCAACCUGCACAGAACGGAAGAAAGAGCGGGAGUGCAUGCAGCUGCGUAUAGCUGUGCUGCGAAGUGAGCUGCAGCGGCAGAGGAAGGCGCUCGGCAGGGAGAUAGACCAGCGGCAGAAGGAGCGGGCACAGCUUGAGAAGAAAGAGGAAGGGUUCUCCGCUCAGCACGAGAGUCUGAAGGAGGAGAAAGAAUCCUUAACCAAGCUGCAGAAGGAAUGCACUGCCAAGAGAGAGCAGUUCCUCAAGUCCAACGCCCAGCUCACCUUCCGCUGUCGUCAGCUCCUCUCUGAGCUUUCCUACAUCUAUCCCAUUGAUGUGGUUAAUCAGUCAGAUUAUGUCAUCUGCGGAGUGAAGCUGCCAAACUCUGAAGACUUUCAAGCAAAGGAUGAUGGGAGCGUGGCAGUCGCCCUGGGUUACACAGCACACCUGGUCCUGAUGAUCUCGUGCUUCCUGCAGAUCCCUCUUAGAUAUCCAGUGAUCCACAAGGGUUCACGCUCCUCCAUCAAGGACACCAUCACUGACAGACUCACUGAGAAGGAGAGAGAAUUCCCCUUGUACCCUAGAGGAGAGCGGUUUCACUUUGAAUAUGGGGUCUACUUACUCAACAAGAACAUUGCCCAGCUGAGAUAUCAACAUGGCUUGACCACCCCAGACCUGCAGCAGACACUACCCAAUCUGAAGAAUUUCCUGGAACAUGGCCUUCUGGUCCGAUGUGACCGACACCAUGUCUCUAGCUCCAUCUCGGUGCCGUCCAAGUCCCAGCUUAGUGUUUCCGCCGCCUCAGAGAUAGGCUACCCCUGCCACACCAGCUCCCCGGACCGAGGCCUGAGGAAAAGGGCGAGCUCAGAGGCAGAUAAGUACAAACCAACCCCUCCACCCAGCUACAAUACAGCCAUGGAUGAAGAGCAGCCCCCGGUUGGCCUGGCACCACCCUCGCCUUCACCCAAACACCUGUCCUCCUCCCUUGAUGCUGGCAUGGCCUCGCUUAACCUGACCAAGACUAAGGAGGCCACCGAGGAGGAAGAGCAGACGGAAGAGAAGGAACAGGGUGGGGAGACAGAAGUGGAGGUGGAGAGAUGCAGAAGCGCUGACAGUAAGAUUGAAGUAGAUAAAGAAGAAGUGACUGAAGAAGAACCACCCAGCAGCACAGUGGCACCGAACUCUUCUACAGUGCAGGAAACUGGUGAGGAAACAGUGGCCGCUGUUCAGCACACAGGCACCAUGAACGGCUCUUUGGUACCAGGACAGGCGCCCGUUAGCCUGGUCCCAGAGCUGCGCUGCUCUGUGGAGCAAGCUGAGGAAAUCAUAGGCACAGAGGCCACUGGCUUAGGCCUGGGGUUGGGUGUAGGGAUGGGGUUAGGGUUAGCAGACGAGGCCCGGCUGGAAGACUACCGCUGCAUCCCUGUGGACCACGCUGUAGCUGUGGAGUGUGAUGAACAGGUCCUGGGCGAGCUGGACGUGGCUGGCUUUGAGGAGUUCUCCAGGCGCAUCUAUGCACUAAACGAGAACAUGUCCAGCUUCCGCAGACCGCGCAAGAACUCUGAUAAGUGAGGCAGAGGAUCUAGGGAGAGAGUGAGGCAUGAAAAAACUUGCACAGGGGGUUUGGACAAACAUAAGGCAGGGACAAGAACUGAGAGGACGAAGGUGGGUCCUCACUUCCUGAACGCAGCAUCAAAAAUCAUAGGAGCUAUUCUGGAAUAACGACCAAUUUGCACUUAUUGUAAACAUUUCCAUAGUAAUCUUUGAAAUGGAAUACAGUUAAAAGUGGAAGUACUGAAACAGUAAGCUUAACUUUUAUUUUUGAUGCCAGCAUUAAUAUAUUUUUUAACAAUGAGUAUAAAACAGCAUUGCAGGCAUUUUGUAUUCACAAAAUGAUUUGGCCUCAAUGAAAAAAAACCUUCUAAAUCACCUUCUGGGAUUUAGUGUCAGUCAUUGUAAUUUGUUGUUCCAUACCAAGGCCCAUUAAUGUACUGAAUAUCACUCACUCUUGGUUUUCAAACCUCACUGCAAUAAAAACCCUUAACUUCAUCAUCUGCUUUUAAGAUUCACACCCACACCCAGGCUCCACAAUCAGUACACCAGGGUAUAAAAAUGUUCAGCUACAGCUUGUUUCUUGUUUCUUUUUUGUUUUUUGAGAUUUUAUCAGUUAUUGAAUCAUCAACCCAGACAACAGAUGGACACACUGAGAAUGGUUACAGCUGGAGGUUUUCUCCCAGUGGACCGUUCGUCUGUCAUACAGCCUGCUGUUCCAGUACUUACACCUUUGACUGUACAAGCAAACGCUUAGAUGCUUCCCGAGCCUUCAUUCAGAGUGCAUGGCAGUGGGCGUGUGCUUGAGGGAGGAUGCAGACAUGUGCACAUGUGUGUCAGGGCUUCACAUCAGCAUGCAACCACAGGUACACGAUCACAGUUAGGUUUCCAGUACUCUCACCAAUGACCUUUGAGCAGGGCAGGAAUUUGCUACCCCAAAGCGAGGCGGGAGCUGGAACCAGUAGCCCAAUCAGAGACUCUCCAGCUGUGACACGCUGCCCGUCCUCCUCUUCAGCAGGUCGACCCUCUGCUCAUUCUCCACAUCAGGUGGAGCUUCUCCUUCAGGUUUUAAGAUAAGGAUCACGAGAGUGGCAGGAGCUCACAGCACAUGGCAGGGAUACGGUGCAAUUGUUUUUCUGUCCAUCUCCAUGUCCUCUUUUUUUCUUUUACUCAGUUUUAAUGAAGCCCAUCAAUCUUAACUACAAAGUUAAUGUUACGUCCACUGAUUCUCAUAUUCAGUAGACCAAAAAUUAAAUUCUGUGUCUGUGUUCUGUUGGAAUUUCUCACUCAGGCUCUACUGUAAAUGUUAAGAGCAAGUGUCUCAAUCCCACCGUCUGUGAUUUUGUUCCUUGUCCCCCUGAAUGCUUUCUUGCACUGGUACUCAAUAAUUGCGUUAUUUAUGUCUCCCGA